GAGCAAGUACAAGCUGGAUGACCGCGCCCACGCGAGGUUUGUGGAAGUUUGUCAUCCUCGAGCUCAGAAGCUGGACGACAUCAAACGUCUUGAGAAGUACCUCAAAGGGAACCAGAACCCUUCACAGGCCAUCCUACCCCUGCUCACACGAAUUGAGAAGGACGGUCGCUUAGACAGUCCGGAACGGAACAAAGACAAGGACCGCGAUCGACCAGGCGGCCGCCACCGCAGCCGCUCGCGCUCCCGGUCGCGAAGGAAGAAAGACAAAUCUCGAUCCAAGUCUCGGAAGAAGGGGCGGUCGAGAUCCAGAUCGCGAUCGAGAUCUUGA